AUCUUUGUAUUAUCUAACACUGCCUAACACAUUAAACUAACUUCAAUAUACCCCAGCCGUAAUCUACUGUCAUCAGAAAUUAUAGAGAAUUCUACUGAGUAACGAAAAAAAAAAUUUUAACUAAGGAUGGCCGAUGAGAACCAGGACGAUUUGGAGGACAAACUAGAUAACUUUAUCAUUUGUAAACCAACAUCUCCUAAAUCCGAAAAUGCAACUAAAGUCCUACAGAGUGCCGGACCCACAAUUCAUAAGGGAAUACCUUUGACUUUGAGCGACAUAAGCCGCUCCAAACAGGAUCCGGAUCGACAACAUGUCUUCAUCACUGGCAAUUGGCACUUUGAGACUUGCAUUGUUCAUGCCUUUGUGGCCGACCGAGGUAGCCAUAAUAGCAGAUACUAUAAAUAUAUCCUAGACGAUGGCACCGCCUCCUUGGAAGUAAGCAUCCCCGCAAACAUCGAAAAGCAUAAGCAAAUUGCUUCGCUUAGCGAAGAGACCUCCACCCUAGGAGACAGAAUAACGUCGGGAAGUUUAAAACGUCUUCUAACAAAAUCCAACGAGUUUAUAGAUGCUUCUAUCAUUACACCUGGAAUGAGCAUUUUACUUGAUGGUCGUCCAAAUACUUUUGGGGGUAAAAGAGGAUUUCUAGCGUUUUCGUUUUGUUUGGAUAAUGACAGAUCUCGGGAAAUGGAAAUAGCAUUUGCUGAUCAUCUGAUAAAAUGGCACAGCAAAAAAUAGAAUGUAUCCUACUGUAAUCGAAUAGUUAUACCAAUUUGUUAAUUAAAAUUGACAUUUAUCUAAUAUAAA